AUGGAGUUGAAUUUUCCGGAAUUCCUGGCGUUCAUGCGUGAGUGUGGCGGUGAUGACGCAGACGAAGAGGACGACCCUGAAGAGGUGAGUCGCUCCCAGUUGAAGCUCCUGGACGUGGUGGAUCUCACCAACUUGAGCGACUCCGAGGAUAGUGACGCAGAAUCGCCAGUACACACGCCUCGAACCUGGUUCGUUCCGACGCUCCAUAGUGAGCGUAAGAGAUCGCAACCUGACAAGGUCAUGUGUGAGCUAUGCGAGGAAAAGGGAUUGCCGUUCAGGUUAAUAUACUGCCCCACUUGCACGAAAUACUACCACAAGAAGUGUGCGAAUGAGAACGGAGACGAAAACACUUGCUGGAAUUGUGAACUCGGGUCGAUGAUCGACGACAGUGAGCUGGACGCAGAGCACGCCAAGCACAACAGCGAGUACUUGGCGUAUUUGAAGGCGAUGCGACGCUCUCCGUCGUCUGAAGGUGACGAAGAAAUGGAAGAAGAGGAAGGCGGAGACGAUGGGGAACAAAACGACGACACUGCAGUCGGAGAAGAGGACGUUGAGAUGGCUAGCCCUGUUGAGGGUGGAGAAGAUGGCAGUACGGUCCCAAACGGGAAUAACACCAAGAACCCGGGCAAGAGAUGGAUAGAGUUUAUUGGAGACGCAACAGCUGACAUCGAUGCGUCGUACCUCGAGGUCACGAACCGGAUCGCCGAGGAACUUCGUGAUGAAGAGAAGAGUCGCUUCUACUCGCGAGGUUUUGUCGCGAUUGCAGCAGCUGGAGCGUGA